AUUUGAUAAAUGUACCAUCAUAAGUUUCGCGGCUUUAUAUUUUGAUAUGAAAUAUCAAGAAAUAAAUUGUGUCCUAAAACUCCAAAAGAGUGUAACCCCUCAGUAAUGGACUCGUAUUCUGAUGAAACAAGAUGGCUCCAAAGGGGAAAACAAGCCAACGUGAGGACUUGAAACAAGAAGAUAUCUUACAAGCUGUAGUAAUCGCUGACAGUUUCAAUGUUCGAUUUGGUCCCGUAACAGAAAGACGUCCACGGACGCUGCUACCGCUGGUGAAUGUUCCGCUGCUGGACUACACACUGGAGUUCCUGUACGCAGCAGGGGUCCAGGAGGUUUUCGUGUUCUGCUGCCAUCUGGCUGACCAGAUCAGGACACACAUCAAGAAUUCCAAAUGGAAUGAUAGUAGCUCGCCUAUGCAGGUCAGCCCAAUACUGUCUGAUGGAUGCAUGUCAGUGGGCGACGCUCUUCGAGAGAUCGACAGCAAGUCUCUUGUCAGGAGUGACUUCAUCCUCGUUUCAGGAGACAUCAUUGCUAACAUCAACCUGAAGAAAAUACUAGAAGAGCACAAGAAACGACGGGAAAAGGACAAGUCGAGUGUGAUGACACUGGUGUGCAAGAAGGCCCCGCCGGGACACCGUACACGCUGUAGCGAGGAUGAAAUCCUUGUUGCAGUGGAAAGUGACACUAACAGGGUUCUGCAUUAUCAAAAGGCGUACCAACAAAACAAGUUCCAUAUACCAGUGAGUGUGUUUGUGGAGCACACGGACGUAGAUGUGCGGUAUGACAUGCUAGAUUCCCAGGUGUGCAUCUGCACACCCCUCGUACCACAACUCUACACAGACAACUUUGACUACCAAUCUCGGGAUGACUUUGUCCGCGGAAUUCUCAUAAGUGAAGAGAUUCUGGGAAACACAAUUCACCUGGCUGUUGUUAGGGAUGAGUAUGCUGCUCGAAUUUCCAACCUGCAGAUGUAUGAUGCAGUCAGCCUUGACGUGAUGAAUCGCUGGACGUAUCCCCUGGUGCCUGAUGGCUACAUGACAUGCCUGGGCCGUGACGUCAUGUCGUACGGGCGACACAAUGUGUAUCUCAGUAAAGACAUCACAUUAGCCAGAGGCUGUGUCUUGGCCGAGAACGUUGUGAUUGGAAGCGGGACUUCAGUUGGGAAUAAUACAAACAUAAGCAACUCGGUUAUAGGAAAAAACUGUCAGAUAGGUGAGAAUGUAAAGAUAGCUGGCAGCUACCUGUGGGAUGGGGUGGUCGUGGAGGACAACUGUGUCAUCGAGACAGCCCUCCUCUGCAGCAAUGUCAGCGUCCACAAGGAAGUUACAAUCCAACCUGGAGCCGUCCUUGCGUGGGAGGUGAAAGUCGGACCCUCCGUGACUCUGCCAGCUGGUUGUCAGCUGAUCAGUAAGCCUCAGGUGGAUGAAUUUGCUGAUGAAGAGGAAACUCCCCCGGAGCCUGAUGUAACAACAGAGUUUGGAAGUCAGAGCAAAGCAUUUGUGUACCGAGCAAGCUGUGACUCGGAUGAUGAGGAUGAGGAUUUGGUCCAGGACAUGUGGGGGCUCACUGUCCACUCUGAGGAGGAGGACGACGACAUCAGCAGCAUCGACAGCGACGUCACGGACCAGGACGACAUUUCUCCCUCGGGCAGCCCGAUACCAGACGACGCUGGAAAUUUCUACUCCGAAGUGAUCGACACCCUGAUACGAGCCAAGGAAGAUAAUAUCAUCACAGAUAACAUUAUACUGGAGAUUAAUUCUCUGAAACAUGCCUACAACAUUGCCAUCAAUGAAGUGCACCAGCUGGUGAUGAAGGCACUGCUGUCCCUGCCCCUACAGGACACCAAGGCUGCGGAGGUCACCCAGGUGAUGAAGAUACUCAGACCGUAUUUGUCAAAACACAGUGCCCUUAUCAAAAACUACAUCAAAAGUGCCGAGGCUCAGUUUGACUGUUUACAAGCUAUUGAGGAGCUGAGCGAGUCUAACAGUGCAGUGUCGUGUGCCGUGAUGAAGCUUUUGCACUUCCUGUACGACCAGGAGAUCCUAGACGAACAGGCCAUCAUCAAGUGGCACGCUGCUGACCCCGAACCUGACGCUGAUCUUGAUGCUCACAAGGACAUCAGGAAGAAGGUUGCCCCGCUCAUCACAUGGCUUAAGGAGGCAGAGGAAGAAUCAUCAGAAGAAGACUGAACAGCUCAGCAGAACAAUGGCUGACCUCCAUGUACAGUGUCACUGUGUGGCUUGACGACCAGUGGUCAAGUCUGAUGACAGAGCCUUUGUCUCGGACAGAUAUCAAUACCAAUAUUUCUCAACACCUCCUGUGAUAAUAAAUCCUGUCAUGUA